AGUCGGGCAACGAGCGAUCCAACGCCACGACUGGCUCCCAGGUCCCCCGGUGGAGGCGCGAGCGCGACGCCCGGCCGGCGCGCACACCUGGCGCCCCUCCCGCGGCCGCCCGGGCCGUUCUCUUGCACGCUACGACCCUUUCCUCCCCCUCCACCUCCACCACUCCGAACCCCCGCGCGCCAUCUCCCACGGCAAGCACACAUACAAAGCGCAGCGCGACGCGCCCGCUCCCAAACUUUGAGUGCUCGUUGGCCCGUCCAUCGUUGCUGGUCCGCUCGCUCUCCCCGGCCGUCCUCGUCGACCGCGUUGGGAGCUUCGCGUGCGUGCGUAGGUAUCCCCGCCGCUCAUGGACGAUAAGGAGAAGGAGAAGGAGAAGCACGACGGGGCCGACGUCGAGGAGGAGGACGAGGACGAGGAGGGGAACAAGCGCACCGUCGUGCUCGGCCCCCAGGUCCCCCUCAAGGAACAGCUCGAGCUCGACAAGGAUGAUGAGAGCCUGAGGAGGUGGAAGGAGCAACUCCUUGGGCAAGUCGACACAGAACAGCUCGGAGGUGAAACUGCUGAGCCGGAGGUGAAGGUGCUGAACCUGACCAUCCUAUCGCCGGGCCGGCCGGACCUGGUCCUGCCGAUCCCAUUCAAGGCGGACGAGAAGGGCUACGCGUUCGCGCUCAAGGACGGCAGCCCCUACAGCUUCCGCUUCUCCUUCAUCGUCUCCAACAACAUCGUGUCCGGCCUCAAGUACACCAACACUGUAUGGAAGACUGGAGUAAGAGUGGAGAACCAGAAGAUGAUGCUGGGGACGUUCAGUCCCCAGCUAGAGCCCUACAUCUACGAGGGUGAAGAAGAGACAACACCUGCUGGCAUUUUUGCAAGAGGUUCCUAUUCUGCCAAAUUAAAGUUCGUCGAUGAUGAUGGCAAGGUCUACCUGGAGAUGAGUUACUACUUCGAGAUUAGGAAGGACUGGCCAGCAACCCAAUGAUGUGGUGCAGGGCCGGCUUGUUGAAAUAUGUUAGCUCAUAGCUAAGCCAAGGCAGAGAAGAUGUGCUAUUGCUUCUAGAAUGAUUCAUUCACUUCGUCGUCGUCAUUAACCGCCUUUUAAUUUGUUUUGAGUUUGUCAUUUUACGCUGUCUGUGGCAUAAUAUUGUUUAUUCUUCGCACUAUAUAAUCGAUCAAUCCUGUCUGGAGAUACUCAGAUAUUUAUGUACUGAUGAUGAACUUGUUUCUCUGAAACACACCCUUCAUUCAUCAGUUGUUCAA